AUGGAAAAGCAAAAACCCUUUAAAUUGUUUGUACCACCGAGAUUAGGAAGCAGUCAGGUAUCUGCAGUGAAACCACACACGAUGGGAGGAGAUUCUAAUUUCUUCAAGAAUUUCAACAAAUGCAUUCAAGAUGAUUUUCGUUUGCCAUUUGCAAUAACUAAUCUCUCCAAAAAUGUGGAAAACCUUGACUCAGCUCCUACCUUACAAAACACUAACUUUUUACCCAUGCUUGAACAGGUUGAUAAUUCUGACGGUUGUCACUAUCAGGAAGGACUAAGAGACUCUGAUUCUGAGAAUACAGGACCAAUCAGCAGACUAUAUUCAAAACUAUAUAAGGAGGCUGAAAAAAUCAAGAAGUGGAAAGUGAAUGUAGACUUUGAACUAAAACAGAAAGAAAUUAAAUUACAAGAAAAUAGAAAGACAAUAGAAGCACAGCGUAAAGCCAUUCAGGAACUACAGUUUGAAAAUGAAAAAGUAAGUUUGAAAUUAGAAGAAGGAAUUAAAGAGAAUAAAGACUUAAUAAGAGAAAAUAAUGCUACAAGACAUUUAUGUAAUUUACUCAAAGAAACCUGUACCAAGUAUGAUGAAAAGGCAAAGAAAUGUGAAUAUGAACGGGAAGAAACUAGACAAGCUUAUGUAGAUCUAAAUAGUAACAUUGAGAAAAUGGUAAUAGCUUUUGAGGAACUUCGUGUGCAAGCAGAAAAUUCCAGACUGGAAGUGCAUUUUAAGUUAAAAGAAGAUUAUGAAAAAAUUCAACACCUUGAAGAAGAAUACAAAAAGGAACUAAAUCACAAGGAAAGUCAGGUAUCAAUGCUAUUGAUUGAAAAAAACGAGAAAGAAAAUAAAGUGAAAGAUUUAACAUUUCUGUUAAAGGAAUCCAGAGAGAGAGUUAGUCAAUUAGAAGAAAUGACAAUUUUUAGUGUUUUCCUUCUCAAUAGUACUCAAAGGGCUUUGGAGGAAGAUUUACAGAGAGCAAAAAAAACAAUCUAUCAGCUCACUGGAGAAAAAGAAGCACAAAUGGAAGAAUUCAAAAACACUAAAGCUGCUCAUUCAUUUUUGGUUACUGAACUUAAAACUACUAUCUGCAACUUAAAUGAAUUGCUGACAUCAGAACAGCAAAGAUUGGGAAAAAAUGAAGAAGAAUUGAAAAUAAUAACCAUGGAGCUUCAGAAGAAAUCAACUGAACUGGUAAUAUGUAAAAUUGCUGAAGAACUAAAAGGAACAGAACAAGAAUUAACUGGUCUUCUCCAAACCAGAGAGAAAGAAGUACAUGAUUUGAAAAUACAAUUAAAUGCAAUUGUGACAAGUGAACAACAUUAUUCAGAACAGGUUAAAGAACUGAAAUCUGAGCUUGAAAAUGAGAAGCUAAUGAAUUCUGAACUAACUGCAAGCUGCGAUAAGUUUUCAUUAGAGAACAAAGAGCUAGCACAAGAAACCAGUGAUGUGGCUCUAGAACUCAAGAGACUGCAAGAAGAUAUUAAUGUGAGUUGAAAAAGAAAGUGCCAGUAACUUAGUUUUCUGAAAAAUGCUCGAAACAUUGAAUGUGAAAUUUUAAAAAAAGAUAAGCAAAUGAAGAUAUUAGAAAACAAGGUCAGUAAGUUAGAGUUCGAACUUGAAAGUACCAAACCAAAAUUUGAACAAAUGAUUCAUAACUACCAAAAAGAAAUUGAGGAUAAAAAAGCAUCAGAAGAAAAUCUUUUGGGAGAG